AUGAGCGAUACAGAACCCUACCUGGUGAGUUUUCUGCGAGAACUCAACUGCAGCCAGUAUCGCCACAACUUCGAGGCUUUGAACCUUACUUCCCAAGAUGAUAUGGCCAAUCUAGACAAAGAAAUCCUAAUCGAAGUUGGCGUCAAGAAGAUUGGAGAUCGGAUCAGAAUCCUCAAACGCUGCCACACGCUGCGUGGAAAUCGAGCACAUUCCUCGAUCGAGGUACGGGAGCUUUUGCAGAAAUUCCAAGCUAUGAGUGUGGCGCAGCUCACGACGACCGAAGAACUUGUAACAGACAAACAUUCUGCCAUUUUUAUCCUCAACGAUGGUUCUGCCAAAAAAGUGAACGUUAGUGGGUGUUUCAAUGCAGAAUCCAUUAAAAAGAAGUUGAUUAAAAAGUUGCCCGGCGAGUUUAUUGCGUGCACACCUCAGGGCGAGAAAACGCGCAAUUCGCAAGAUUACGAUGUUUUCGUGGUCGACUACGUCAAAAAUGUACUGCAUCUCCUCUACGAUGUGGAGCUAGUUACAAUCUGUCAUUCCAAUGAUCGUGUAGAAAAGAAUAGACUCAUCUUCGUCUCCAAAGAUCAAACUCCAAGUGAUAGAGCAACGCUGACCUCCAAAAAGCUUUAUCUCAAGACGCUGAGCGUCAUUCACCAAUUAGGAUCUCUGUCGAACUUCACAAAUGCCACACCAAAUUCUCGUGCAAGGUUCCACGAAGCAAACGAAUUGGCGGCUCAAGAAGCUACGGCAGGGUCUCCAAACACUUUAAGAAUUGAGAACAGCAAGGGAGGAAUAAGACAGAUUUUUAAUCAAAGACCACCUAGUGAACUUAUUUCCACCAAUUUAGGAGAAUACUUUCCUCAUGCAGAUGCUAAGAACCUACGCAAAACGCUGAGAAACUCCGUCCGCCAAUCCAUAAGAUUGAGUUCCAUAAACGGUGCCGCUGUUCCCGCAGAUAGCAACAAUGUUGGAAACAUAUGGGUGAACAAUUCUAACGCUGUAGGCAAAGCUCUUUUACAGAGUCUCGACAAAACACAUACCACACCAGCAAUAAACACAAUGAGUACAACGUCGGGUACACGGCAAACUAACUUAGAGGAGGAUACGCUUAACUUCGGAAACCCCGGCACAUCCCGCGAGGCGGCGAACGAUGCACAGAGAAACGAAAUUAAUGGUGAAAAAACCACUAGUCCUGCAAAGCGCCCUGGCCUCAUUUCUCACAACAAUAUAGGGGACCGAAUUUCUUCAAGACAAAGAAAUUCAGGUCGCAUCGAGUUGCUUAAUGUUGAUUCAGACAAUGACGAGGAUGACGAAGAUACCAUCUCGCUACCAACAAAAAUUGCAACACCAAAGAAUUGGCUCAAAGGAGCCAGAAUUGGGGCAGGUAGUUUUGGUAGCGUAUACUUGGGUAUGAAUGCUCAAACAGGCGAACUAAUGGCGGUGAAGCAAGUGGAGCUUCAGCCGACUGCUGUGGCAGCAGGCGUUAUGUCUGUUUCAGAUGAAAUAAAGAAACAAUACAAUCAAAAUCCUAAUACCGCUGUUGCAAAAAAUAGUUCUCAGGUUCAUAGAAAAAUGAUCGAUGCUUUACAACACGAAAUGGGAUUAUUAAAAGAGCUGCAUCACGACAAUAUAGUCACUUACUAUGGAUCUUCUCAGGAAGGCGGAAACUUGAACAUUUUCCUAGAAUAUGUGCCAGGUGGCUCUGUGUCAUCGAUGUUAAACAAUUACGGUCCGUUUGAAGAGCCGCUUAUCAAAAACUUCACCCGGCAAAUUCUUAUUGGUUUAUCUUAUUUGCACAGGAAAAGCAUCAUCCACAGAGAUAUUAAGGGUGCAAACAUUCUCAUUGAUAUUAAAGGAUGUGUUAAAAUUACAGAUUUUGGAAUAUCUAAAAAGUUGUCUCCUUUAAACAAGCAGCAGAACAAAAGAGCGUCGCUGCAAGGUUCUGUAUAUUGGAUGGCUCCCGAGGUUGUCAAACAGGUUGUAACUACCGAGAAAGCAGAUAUUUGGUCUGUCGGAUGUGUGAUUAUUGAGAUGUUCACAGGAAAACACCCAUUCCCUGAUUUUUCGCAAAUGCAAGCUAUUUUUAAAAUUGGGACUAACACCUAUCCAGAGUCGCCAUCAUGGGCGAGUGAAGAAGCGAAGAACUUCCUGCGCGAAGCUUUUGAGUUGGAUUAUCGCAAGAGACCAAGCAGUAUAGAGCUUUUACAGCACCCUUGGCAGGACACUUCAAUCCUAUGA